AAAAAGAUCUAUUUUUACUAUUUUUUAUUGUUUAGAAUUUUUAUUCAUAUUUUAUAUUAUAAGUCCUUUAUAGCAACCGCUCAUAUUAAAAGCACUUCUAAUAGUUUUACAGCCAAACACUAAACUACUUUUUUUGAAAAUUACUUAUCUAAAAGCUCCAGCCAAAAAUUACUUCCGUAAAAGCUACAGCAGAGUCAAACUAAGCUAAUAGAAUAAUAAUAACUAACUCAAAAAACAUAAAAUGCCAGGAAUAAAUUAAGCCGAACAAGGAGAUUAAUUAACCGUUGACAAUGAGGUAAUGAUACUAAUUAAAGCAAUCUUAAUAUUUUAUGGGUGCUGCCGGCCGAAGACAUAUUCCAUUCACGUCUUUUGUCUCUUUUCCUUCGGAAUCUACAUUUUUCUUUGAAAGGGUACAUUUUGUGGGAUUUUAUUACGUGCAAUGGUUCACGAAACCUUCGUACAAGCGAUUAAACCACAAUAUACCAGUAUCGGAGGUUAAGUCGGUUAACGGUAUUUAUGGUUGAACCACGGUUUGCCAUAAAGAAAACGAUAGAAAAGAUGCAAAUAACAGCCAAACUUUUGCUAACCACAAAUGUGCAACAGGCUGGGAACAUGGUCAAGCUCAUGAGAACAGGGGUUUAAUAGUGAAAGUCAUUUUAUGAACAAAAAUUAGAUCAAUAGUACUUUCAGUUCAUUAUGGUUCGGUCCGAAAGUCAACUGUUUUUUUUUCUAUUUAUAAAAUUUAUGGAUAAAAAUUAAAAACCAAAUCUCAUUGGAUUCAAUUGGGUACGAUUGAAUUUAAACGUAAGUUUGAUCCGGAGAACAUGGGCCUCUCGCCAAUAGAACCGCUAUUUGUUUUUAUUCAAGAAGUUACAAAAGCCCAUGAAAGGAGGAGAACGUGAGCACUCACUCAAUUAGCAAGCCCAUACUUAACAUUCACUUGUUUAUGGGCCGAUUACGUUGGACCUGUUGUUGCCAAUAUCCAUUUACCAACGAGCCCAAAGUUGUGGAAAUCAACCAAGGUAUAUGAGUCAGACUGUGGAUAAUAUCGUCUUUUGACAAAGACUUAUGGACAGUGAGUCAGUGAUGGUCGUCGGAAGUUUCUUGCCUUGGAAAUACCUGUGGAAAUUCCUUAGCUGCUUGGACUUUUCCACAAUAUGCCUACUGCGGGUUCGGACUUGUCUUCUCUUUUUGUUCUAUUUACGCCCACUUGAUCAACUAGCAAUUUUUUUCUCAAUGUCCAAGACUUCUAAUAACUAUUUCCAAUAUACAAUACUUAAUACCAAAAUUAUCAAAAUAUACAGGUUUGGCGCGGUUCGCUGGAGUAUAAUGCGAAACAAUUUGGGUCGCGAACGACAAAAACGAACCAGUCUCGCACCAACACAAAUCGCGGCUAACCAACCCCCUCCAAAAUCGCUAGAACGUCUCAUCGAUCUACACCUAUAAUACAGGUCAAAACUUCAAACGGUAGGUGGAUUUCAUGGUGGCGGCGGCGGGGUUACAUUUUUUCUUUCCCCCCCAAUCAGUCAUUCCAUUGGCUGCUGCUGCUGCUGCUGCUUCCAAUACGUUUCCUCUUUUGUUUGUUUGUAUCCCACAUGACGGAACAAGUUGCCUCUCUUACCACUAGGCUGCGCCGGCGGGUUCCAAAACCCAUGGGUUGGGACUUGGGACUGUCUUUUGGUCAUCAAAUAACAAACUACUCAAAAAGCUGCACUAUAUAAAGAACAAUGCAGUGUCUAGCUAGAGAGGCACCCACCCACCAUUAACAACCACCAAAAAUAUAUGGAGAUCAACAAGACCAACAAAGUCGAUCCGUCGGCCCUUUACGAUGCAGCAAUGAGAGGCGACACCGAAACCCUUCAGGACAUGCUUCAGAGGGACAACUUGAUCCUCAAGAAACUCCCGCUCUCUUCCUUCACGGAAACCCCUCUCCACAUCUCGGUCCUCGCCGGCCACCUCGACUUCACUAGAGCGCUUCUCCGCCACGACCCUGGAAUGGCCAUGGAGGUCGACGCGUCCAACUGCACCCCGCUUCACCUGGCUUCCGCUGCCGGCCACUGCGAGAUCGUCGGGGCCUUGCUGAGCGCUGCCGGCGGUGUGGGCUCGGAUGCCUGCCUGGUCCGCGACGGGGACGGCAGGAUUCCUCUCCAUUUGGCGGCGAUGAGAGGCAGGAGCGAUGUCAUCAGAGAGCUGGUCGGUGCACGGCCGGAAUCAUUGCUGGUGAAGCUCGACGAUGGAGAAACUGCUUUGCACUUGUGUGUGAAGAGCAACCAUCUGGAGGCCCUGAAGGUGUUGGUUGAGAUGAUGGUCGGAAGCGGAGGGAAGAGGGACGUGAUUGAAUCGAUCUUCAGGUCGGGAGAUGAAGAUGGGAACACCAUUUUGCAUUCAGCUGCCAUGUUCAAGCAAGUUCAGACAACAAGUUACCUGGUUUCACUACCUAGCAUGGGAGCAGCAGUGAAUUCAUUGAAUGGAUUUGGCUCGACAGCCUUGGACUGCCUGGAGCUAUGUCCCAAGGACUUCAAGAGCCUACGAAUCCGAGACCUCCUCGUCGAAGCAGGCGGUAAACGAGCCAAGGAGAUGACUAGCAGCACCGAUCAUCAUCAUCAUCUUCCACCACCACCACCACCACAAAUUCCUUCGUUGCCAAUGUCCUCUUCACCAUUAGCAACUAACAAGGGCAGACCAGCAACGAAGUCGAUGGGCCAACGGUUCAAGAACUUCCUCGACUACGACCCCAAGUGGAUCGACGACAUGAAAGGAUCGCUCCUGGUCGUGGCAGGCCUCAUGGCGCAGAUGAGCUUCCAGGCGGCAACCAACCCUCCAGGCGGCGUGUGGCAAGAGAACGUGGUGAGCCCCGACGGCGGCUUCGGCUGCCAAAACACGACCAGCGGCCUGUGCAGGGCCGGGACUUCGGUCCACGCUUACAGAGACCCGGAAGUGCUCUACGUUUUCAUGGGGCUGAACACGAUGGCGUUUGGCGCGUCUCUGUGCGUCAUGCUUCUCAUCAUCGGCGGGUUCCCUCUGAGGAAAAGGUUCUUCAUCUGGAUGAUGGCGCAAGCAAUGUGCGCCGCCCUCGGCUGCAUGACGGCUGCUUUCGCGGUUGGCGCGUUGUUGGUGACCCCGACGAAGGACGAUGCGCGAGUUCGAGUCGCGGUGGUGGUGGCGUUUCUUCUGGGAGCCUGGUUGCUGUCGUCUCUGGUGAUCAGUCUGCUCGACACGCUUCGGUUUUGUAUCUGGAUUUCGAAAAAGAAGAAGAAGAAGGUCGGAGCAAGAGCAUCGACUUGUUGCUUAAGGGGUCAAGACCAGAGUUCUGUUGUCUAGAGCAUACGUUAUCUGGAUUUGGGCGAGCAAGGGUUUGGUUUAGUGACUAAGAAAGAUGUACGAGUUCGAGUCUUGAUGGUGGUGUUGUUUCUUUCUUCUCAGAGUCUGGUUGAUGUUGUUUCUGGUGAUUAGUCUGCUUAUUUGUCACAUUAUUUCGAUUUUUAAUCUAGAUUUUGAUUAAGUCGUGGAAGGUCUAAGCAAGAGCAUGAACAUGUUGUUUAAGGGAUCGGGACCAGAGUUAUGUCGCCUAAAAGCAUACUUCAUCUGCAUUUGCGGACAAGAGUUUGGUUUAAUUAGUGACUUGUGGUAUUAUCGUUGGUUUUGAACCUAGCCUAAUUGAAAUGUCGGUUCAGUUGAAUAGUGGGAGCAUAAUCAUUUCGGUAUCGAGCGUGACGAUGUCGAAUUCUUGAGCAGCAUGAUCUACUUAUAGAAUUAAUGGACAAAAAACCGAAUCACAUUAUAUUCGAUUUCGUUAUUGAUAGUCGAUUUGAUCAGAUUGCAUACCCCUAAAUGUAAACCCUCCUGGAACAUGGGCGUCUUGCAAAUUCAACGCCUCAACCCCUCUUUGUUUUUUAUAUAUGUUACAAAAGCCCAUGGAAGGAGGAGAACAUGAAGCACUCACCCAACUAGGAAGCCCACCACUUGUUUACGGGCCGAUUACGUUGGACCUGUUGUCUGCCAAUAUCCAUUUACCAACGAGCCCAAAGUUCUGUCAAUCAACUGAGGCAUAUGAGAGUGUGGCUGUGUGGAUAAUAUCGCAUUUGUUUGUACAAAGACUUAAGGAACUGUGAUGGUCGUCGGCAGUUUCUUUGUCUUGGAAAUACCUGUGGAAAUUAUAUGUGACCUUAGCUGCUUAGACUUUUCCACUGUAGGCCUGCGGGUUCCGACUUGUCUUCUCUUUUUGUUCUAUUCUCGUACCCACUUGACCUAGGGAUUAUUUUCUCAAUAUACAAGACUUUAAAAAAAAAAAAAAUCAAUAUCCAACACUUGCACUAAAAUUAUCAAAUUAUAAAAAUUUGGCACGGGUCGCUGGAGUACAGAGUGAACCAAUGUGGAUCGCGAAUAAAAAAUGAACCAGCCUCCCACCUACACAGAUCACGGCUAACCAAAGCGAUCCAGUGAUCCAUAACCUUUUGACAUCUUCGAAGUUUGCAAUCGUUGGACACUCCAACAAUUUUAGGAGAUAGAUCACUGGAGUCCGCCACAACAAAUUAGCAUGUUCUCUCCCGUCUCCAGUGAUCCAUAUUGAUUCGGGACUGGUUUACCGCGAUCCGGACCAGAACCACAUAGCUGACGUGUCACCAGCGAACCACCAUCAGAAUCAUCAGAGAGUAUAUGCAGCGAAUCACACCAAACACUAAUAGGAGAUAUAUAUUUUAGUGUUACAGUCAGUAAGUAUUGUAUUUUGGGCGAAAAAAAUUCUCUUGAAGUC